AUGUGUCAUCUCAGUGUACCAAAAUGGCGUAUGAUUGAUCGCAUCUCCACUCUCAACCAUUUAUUGCGAGAAACUAGUUUUUUAUUGAGGUUCUACAAAACGAUCACAGGAGAAAAGUUAGCUUGCUUGAAGAAAGAACGUCCUCUCAAUUGCAAGAAACAACUGCUCGCUCUAAAUCCAUUCAUCGAUCCAGAAGGACUGUUGCGUGUUGGGGGUCGCCUCGGAAAUUCCGAUCGACCAGAGGAUCAAAGGCACCCUCUAAUUCUAGCUCCACAUUACAAGUUAACCGUGCUCAUUAUCAUCGCAGAACAUGAGCGAUUACUCCACGCUGGACCACAAUCAGUCUUGGCAAAUCUUCGGUUGAGAUUCUGGGUUAUUGGAGAGCGCAAUGCAGUUGAGAACGUUAUCCGCCACUGCAUGGAAUGUGCUCGAGCCAAACUUAUCUCAAUCACUCCUCAGAUGAGUCAUCUACCAGCCGACAGGAAAAACACAAAGGCCACUCACAUAGAGCUUGUAACCGAUCUCACUACGGCAGCUUUUCUCAGUGCUUUGAGAAGAUUUAUAUCACGCCGUGGCAGAGUAGUCAAUUUAUGCUCUGACAAUGGUACCAACUUCGCCGGAGCUGCCAGGCAACUACAAGAACUCACUCAGACACUUCGAUCAUCCGAACUGAAGGAUGCUCUCUGCAAUGAAGAAAUCAAGUGGCAUUUAAUUCCUCCAAGAUCAUCACACUUCGGCGGCCUCUGGGAGGCAGGUGUACAUCCUUUACCACUAACACUAGGAUAUUUUCUCAUCGGAGAAGCAUUAAUAGCACUGCCUGAGACCGAUGUAACGAGCAUUUCAGAUAAUAAACUCAUCAUCUGGGACAGAUUACAAAAAAUGAAGCAACAUUUCUGGAAGCGGUGGUCUGUUGAGUACCUCAGCAGUCUUCAGACACGCACGAAAUGGCGACGUGGCUCAGCCGCAAACCUGGAAAUCGACGUUGUUGUCCUUUCAAAGGACAAUAAACUCCCUCCACUACAAGGGGCGGCAGGCAAGGUGUUUGCCCUUCAUCCAGGAAAGGACGGAGUGGCCAGGAAGGCCACUAUUACAAGAGCCAAGGGAGAAACAACACGUGCAAUCACACAAUUAUGCUUGCUUCCCAAAAAGAACAAGCUUAUUAAGGACAAUUAA